UACCCCCCACAUAUAUAUUUUUAGAGUUCUUAGUUUUUGAAAAAUGAAAACCAUUUUCAGUCUGUAUAACAUUGUUAGUGCCAUUUUGCUGCUUGUUUUGCUGGCAGAAUUCAGUACUGCAGGACCUUUGAAAGAAAAAGAACUAAACCAUGACAAGAAUCGGCGAGGUGCCAACAUGGGACUUUACGCGUUCCCCCGCGUCGGUCGUAGCGAUCCCAGCCUGGCCAACAGUCUACGCGAUGCCAGUGAUGCAGCGGUAUUCGACGGCAUUUACGGUGAUGCCUCCCAGGAGGACUACAAUGAGGCGGAUUAUCAAAAGCGGGCUGGUCUAGUGGCCUUUCCGCGCGUGGGACGCAGCGAUGCCGAGCUGCGCAAGUGGGCCCAUCUCCUCGCUCUGCAACAGGUGCUGGACAAGCGGACCGGCCCCAGCGCCUCCUCGGGCCUGUGGUUUGGACCUCGACUUGGCAAGCGAAGUGUGGACGCCAAGGCAUUUUCCGAUGCCGGCAAGGGACAGCAGGAAUUCAACUAGACAAUGUGCUCCAGGACAUUGGCGAAUCGAAUAGGAACACCACGGAGAGCAAACACAUUUGGCAUGCUAUCAUAAUUACUUCUAUGUACGAGUAUUAACAAGAUCGGCUUCUAAUUUAACAUUGCAACGGGUAUAGAGCAAAUAUGUCUUUGGGUUAGAAAUACAAAUAAUAAAUAAAUAACGAGCUGAUGAGAGCUUAAAUAAAAUUAAUAUUUCU